CCGUUCUCGCCAUCUCUCGUGGCUUUCGCUUGUUCGUUCAGCUUGAAGGACCGUUAGAACCGCCAUGGCGGGCUGGGAAAAAAAGGUGCGCGGAAAAAAGCCAUGCUAAGAGCUGGAGCCCUUAUGGUCGCAUUGCUAGUUCUGGCGCCGUUCACGGAGCGGUCCGAACAGGGUCAUCUGCUUCUCUGUGAAGUGUGGCCAGGUGCUUUGCAACAUUUAAGCAAUGCUCUUCUAGCAGGUGCUACAAUUUUUGGAAUAGCUCUGUUUAUUAUUGUGUUAGCAGGAUUUUACCUAUACCUUAAAAGAAGACAAGUUUUAAAAUUUAUCAAUACUGUUCUGAAAGAUAGAAAAUCCUCUCCCAAGUCUAAAUCUACCGGUGCCCAAGGUUAUGCCCCUGUUUCUGUUUCACAGAAUUUUCAUUUUGUACAACCAAAGAACUCAAGAAAGAAACAGACAUCAAUGGCAGCAGAUGUAGAAGCCCAUGCCAAAGAUCAUGCUAUUGUGAAAGAAAUAUAUGAUAGCUCUGAUACAGAAGGAAGUUCAAAAAAGUCGCACAGAGGUUUGAGUGUAAGAUCCAGAGCAUAUGUGUUUCCAUCUCGGUCCAGUGAAAGUGUACAAUCUUUCUAUGAUGAUGUUUGUGAUAUUUGCUCAGCGCAAUUUUCUUUAUCAGAUGAAUUUACUGUAGAAAAACCGUGUUCAAAUCUGUCCAGCACUACUCCCAAAGCAAAAGAAACUGUUUCUGUUGCAUGUCAAACAAAUCAUUCUUUGAAAGAGGGUCAAAAUUAUGAUAUUAAUACCAAUAUGUCACCGCAGUUCAAGAAACCAACUAUUUCAAGAUCAAAAUCUGAAAAUGAUAUCCUAAAGGCUUCCUCCAAUAAUACAUCAUGUCCAGUACAAUUAUUGAAUAAUGUUUCUGAAGUACAAAAUCCAUGAUCCGUAUGUUUAUAUCACAUUGAAAAGUUCAAAUUAACCUUAAAUGCUGAUGAUUCUAUUUUUUUUCUUAAAACAAAGUUCUUAACUAAAUACAGUUGUGUUAAGAAUAGCACACAAAGUUCUGUGAUGGAGUCUUGUUCCAGCUUUAAAGGAAGUUCUCCAUUGUUGAUGCUCCAUUUUAAGAUCAUGGUACCUAUGGUUAGGGUUACAUUUUGAAUCUGGGAUAUUUUGAGCACAGAGACUCACAACAGUGUGUGUGUGUGUAUACAGAUGCAACAACAUAACAUCCAUAAAACUUGUAGAAUGUAUUAGAUGGGCUAAGAGAAUUAUACUGUUAGAAGAUCUAUUCGGGAUUUAUUACAUCAAGAUAAGACUUGCCCUCAUCAGGUUGUUCAAAUGAUUUCAAAUUCCUCAAAGCAUUCAUGUAUUCAAUGCAGAUUCCUGUAAGGAUUUUGCACAUUCAGUUACAUUUAUGCUUGUUUUCAUGCAAGCAAGGAUGCUGAGGCUUUUGGGGAGUGUUAUUGUGAUAAAACUGACUAAUUCCUAAUCAGAAUUAGAAACUACCCAAAGUGUUCAAACCUUUUUGGGUAGUUUCUAAUGCUGAUUCAUGAGAUGUGAAUCAAUAACAUUCAAGAGAUUUACUGAGAUUUUGUUCCUGUUGGUUCUUGUGGUAGCAUCAAGAGUGAAACCUGACAUCAGUAAGCAAUGUUUUAUUAAUAAAUAUUUAUUGUGGCCUAAGAGAACAUAGAUUUUGAUCAUUUUUACUGUCACAAUGAAAAACAGUUGUGAUAUUAUUCAUGGGAUUGAGACAGUCAUGCCAUUAACGUACUUUUUAAUCAAAAACAAAUAUUUCGUUUGUGAUACAGAGUCAUGCAAAGUUUGUUGUAUUGACCUAGUUGCAUAAUUCACUAGCAUAUAGUGAAGUUAUGAAACAAAGUAGAAAUUUUUUCUUCUUUUAAAAGGAAAAGACAAUCAUAACAGCUAUUUUCAUUAUAGAUUAGGAAGCCUUAUAAAUAAAGCCCCAGUAUGAUUUAUUUUCUUGUUUAUUGGCAAGAAAGGAUGCUGAGCUGCACUGCUAAGCCGGAUGGAGAACAAGAUGCUUUCUUCCUUUUGUAGUUCAUUGAGUUUCUAUGGCAAGGGUGUAAGAAAGAUGAGGCAUUUCCAUUCCCCACCAUCAGUUUUUAGUCUUCUGUUAUAGUUGGUGGAUAUAACUAAUAUACCUGUUUUGAUGACAAACACUGGUAUAUAAAAUUCAAGAAAAAGCCAAAGGCCAGGAUUCUAAAGCAACCUGCCUACCAGACCCAUGUAGAGAAAAAUACUCAAACAGGUUGGUUGCUUUGUGAGAUGCCGUUUCUCCAGAAGUCUGGUUCACUGUGUGAGAUGUCCUGUGAGUGUAUUAAAAUGCCAUCCCAUGUGGAAGCAAAGCAUCCUGCAGAGUGACCUACCUGUUGGACCAUGUUUUUCUGCAUAGGUCUGACAAGCAGGUUUCUGUACAGAGAUCUCAGUCUAUCUUCCUAGCAGUACCACAAUUGCUAGAAAUCAAAAAAUUUACCAGACCAAAGUCUACAGCGACCUGCUUGCCACACAAAGAUAAUUAGAACAAUACUAUAUGUUUCCCAUGGCUAAACCUACCACAACUAUCACAACUUGCCACCUCCCUAAAUGCAGGUCAGAACAGUAACUGGUAGAUAUUUAUUCCACCAGCAAUGAUAUCCACUAAUUGCUAUACAUCCCAAAUGGCUGAGGCGUUAAAAGUCCAUACAUACUGGGACAACAUUAAAUCACACAAUCUUAACUGAACCGAAAGUAUUUUGAAAUGUAUAUGGCAUCAAUUGCUAUGCUAAUACGGAAAAAUAAAGA